UCUUCAGUCUUACUAUUCGGGGCCUUGGGAACUCCUAUCCGUGUCCACUUCGAAGUGUUCAAUUUCCGUGCCUAAACAAAUAUAAUACAAAAAAUCAUCUUUUACUUUCUGAACCGUACUUUUGUCAUUUUAACAAUGGAAUUAGCGUGUCAUUUGUGUGAGGAGGAAUUAUUUCUUAGCAUUUUACCGAUUAAGUCCCGUGUCAAGCUUACUUGUUGUUCUGGCUGUGGUUAUACCUUUCACGAGGCAUGUUUGACAACGCGUCUUGAGAGGAAAGAAAAAUGCCCUAAGUGCCAAAAAUAUAUACAAGAGGGAAAAAUCGUCAACUUGAAUUUCAAUAUCGGAUCUAUAAAGGGACUUGAGAAUGUUGACAAAGUAGUCCGAAGCUCAUUGAAAAGUAAGCUGGAAUUGUUACAGUCGAGCAUCGAGCAUCAGAUCGAAACCGGAAUGGAACUAAACAACUUGAUGGAACACGAGGAAUCUGACACAGAUUAUCUUGAACGUAAACACCGGUCUUUCUAUGAUUCAGAAAGAAAAAGAUGCAAAAAUGCACUGACUGAGAGCACUUUAGAGAUAUGUGCAGUAGCAGAGCUGUGUUUAAUGGAUUGUUUGGACAGUAAUCAUAACCAAACAUCUGCUGAGGAUUUUAUUUGCUUGAAAUGUGAUGAAGAACUUUUCGACUAUGGGAAUGCCAUCCAGUGCUGUGGAAACAACAAGUUAGCUUGUCACAUGCAGUGUGGAUCUGUGUACCACAAAAACUGUUUAUUGAAAUGUAUCAGAUCUGAAGAAGACUGUGUGAAAUGUAAUCAGCCGGUCUCUCCUGAGGAGAGUAUCAAUUUGAUUUUUUUUACUACAAUCCUAGAUACAAUGCCCGUGGUUCCCGAGAAGUUGAUCAACAAAUUAGUGCUGAUAAAAAAGUAUGUGCCACUUUCAACCGCUCUAUGGGUGCAGCUUGGCCUAAGCUGUCAUAAUGCUCCUGAUCCUGAAGAUUUUUCUUACUUCAGUGCUGGAGAAGGGAAGAAAGAAAUCAGCAAGCAGUUGAACACGGUGAAUGAUAUUGUGCGAAAUGCUCUAGAAACAGCUUUAUUGCAAGUAAAGCAACACAACGGAAGUGACGCAGUCUCCAAAAAUUUGGAGACAGCUGAUGCAAAGCCUGAAAGCAACAAGAGAAAGAGGGGUGCCUAAUAUGUUUUGUGGCCCCAUUCCUUCUUCUCAAUCAUAAGUGUCCACUAUGUAUAAGGAAGAACAUCGUCUACUCAUACGCUGUAUUUUUCACAUUUUAACUCAACGGACUUGCAAUUUUUUAGGUCCAUUUGUCAUCUAACUUGCUGAAAUUAAUCUGAUAUAUUCUCGUAAUUUAUUUUUCCGUGAAAAUUUAACUGUCCUGUCUUCAAACAGCAUAAAAAUAGGUUUUCUAUUGCCAUUCUUCGUCUUAAGAGUAUUUUUAGUAUCUCAGUUGCAGUGUCUUAAAAUGAUAAUGUCUCUGGUACCUUGCGUAAAUGAAAUAAUUUAGCAGUUUGCUUACAAAAACCAAGGUUGCAUAUUGAAAUAUUUUAUAUUCGCAGUCCACAGCAUGAUUUUUAAUUUGUUUAUAUGUCUUAUAUUAAUCAUUAUUAUUAAAAAGAUAUUCCAGGAGAUUCCUAAAUUAUACUGUUAGUUUGCAACGUGUUUCCUAUACACUCUUUCUCUCGCUCUUAAUUUCUCAGCGAUGUUUUAUUUUUUAACUCAAAUGUAUUUCGUUUACUAUCUAUUCAGAAAUCUAUGUGCUAUUUUUUCAUUUUUGUGAUUUCUUGGACUGAAACCAAUUUCCUUUCCUAUUAAAAGUCAGUUCUAUUUGGUAUAUA